AACCACCUGGCCACGCCACCACCCACCCCCGUCGCCCCGUUCCCCCAAACGCAAACCCUAAUUUGUCCUUCGCAUCUGCCUUCCAGUACCAAAAACCCAUGGCUGCCGCAGCCGGAUCGCUGGAGCGAUGGGCCGGCCCGCCGCUGCCUCGGUCGCGGAAGACCGUCCCGGGCCAGCCCUGGUCCGACCUCGAGACCGCCCAUCUGAUCGACGCCUACGAGGAGAGGUGGUACGCCCUGAAGCGCGGGCAGCUCAGGGCCCAGCAGUGGGAGGAAGUCGCCGCCGCCGUCGCCGCCAGAUGCGGCCUCGAGGAGCCCUCCAAGACCGGCACCCAGUGUCGCCACAAGAUCGAGAAGCUUCGAAAGCGGUACCGCGCGGAGCGGCAACGCCCCGUCGCCUCUGCCUGGUCCUUCUUCGGCCGCAUGGACCGCAUGGAGCGCGGCCCCCUCCCUAUCACCGUACGCCCACCGGCUGCGGCUGGGCGUGCUCUCGACGUUCGCUCCACCGACGACGAAGACGAGGAAGAAGACGAGGAGGUUGAGAGAGUUGAAAACAACGUUCGGAGUAUUAAUGGAAUCCUUCAGGGGCCUCACCGGGGCCCUUCGAGGAUUUCCAGGAAUCACGUUCCUCCCAAAAGGAGACAUUUUGAGGUGGAAGAAGAGGAGGCAGAUGAAUCCAAUGAGGAAGAUUCAGAGGGUGAAGCUCUAGGCAGUGGCAAAAAGAUCAUGUCGCAUCUGUCUGCUGUUGUGAGAGGGUUCAGUGAGGGCUUGAUGAGGAUUGAGAAGCGAAGAAUGGAAUUGUUGAGGGAGCUAGAAAGAGACUGGAUGGAGAUGCAAAGGAAGCAGACCCAUAUGAUAAGGGAGUCAGAACAGUGCCUCUUAGACAUGAUUGCUGAUGCUUUCGCUUCUACCAAGAAAGCAAAGAAGUCAUAGGAUUGGAAGGGCACUAAACAAGGUCAAGCAAACUCACACACUAGCCCUUUGUUAUUUACAUCUCGGUUAACAAUAAUUAGAUUUUGGAUGCUGAUGAGUCAUAUCAUUGAGCCUUCAUUUGUUAAUUUAUGCUCAAGAAGUUUUUUCACCAUAGCCUCUUAAUUUUCUUCUAUACCAAUCAA